UCCUGUCCAACGCCACACUCCCCACCCCAGUCCCCACCCCCGAGCGAGCUCUAGGGCGAGAUGAGCAGCCGCCGCCGCCGCCGCCACGCCCGCUCGCCGGCGGCCGCGCCCCUGGACGACGACGACCUGCUCUCCGAGAUCCUGCUCCGCCUCCCGCCGCAGCCCUCCUCCCUCCCGCGCGCAUCCCUCGUCUGCAAGCGCUGGCGCUGCCUCGUCUCCGACCCCGGCUUCGUCCGCCGAUUCCGCAUCCGCCAUCGCCACAACCCUCCCCUCCUCGGUUUCUUCAACAGAUAUAAGGGUAGGCCCUUCGUACCUACUCUGGAUGCCCCCAAUCGUGUCCCCGCCGAGCGCUUCUCCUUGCCGAGCGACAAGGAUCACGACGACUCCACGACCCUUGGAUGUCGCCAUGGUCUCGUGCUCGUCUACCUUCCGAGGAGUUUCCAGGUCCUGGUGUGGGACCCCGUCACCGGCGACCAGCACCACAUUGCCGUACCCCGGGAGUUCGAGAAGAACCUAAUCAACGGGGCGGUGCUUCGCGCUGACGGUGACGCCCAGCACUUCAAGGUGGUUCUGGCAGUGGCAGACGGCGACGACGUACAACAUACACGAGCGCUCGCCUGUGUUUACUCGUCAAAGACCGGCUUGUGGGGAAAUCUUAUCUCUACGCCGCUCCCAUACCAGGAUUCUGGGUGCAAUCUUCAAACCAUGGUUUAUUCGAGAGACGCUGUGCUGGUUGGGAAUUGCCUUUACUGGAAGCUUGCUGGGAACUUGAUUGGUAUCCUCAAGUUUGAUUUGGAGAGGCAGAGCCUAGCUGUGAUACGGGUGCCAGUGGAUUUGCUUGGCGAGGGUAACUCCUUCACGGUUAUGAGGGCCGAGGGUGGUGGGCUGGGUUUCCUCUUUGUGCCGUACUCAGACUGCAAUGCUCAGUUAUGGAAAAGGAAUAUCGAUUGCGAUGGUAUUGCCUCAUGGGUGCUUGCACGAACUAUUGAACUGGACAAGCUACUUUCUGUGGGAUGGCCCUAUAUGAUGCUUGGGUUUGCUGAGCAGAAUAAUGUGAUGUUUUAUUGGACAGUUAAUGGCGUCUUAAUGGUCGAGCUUGAGUCAUUGAAGUUCAAGAAGCUUUUUGAAACCAUGACUUUGUCGUACUAUCAUCCAUUCGAAAGUGUCUACAGUGGAGGAACAUGUGUUGGCGAUGGACGCGAUGGGGCUGAGCUUUUGGUUGAUGCAUAAGAUGAUUGUCCGGUUGGAUAUGCUAUUUGAUCUACUGGUUGAGCAGCUUAUUUUCAUUCUUAAAAGAAUGUGCGGAAGAUGGUAGACAGAACCUACUACACCGAAGGCUCCGAACUAACUUAUCAGGAGAA